AUGACCCUGGGCUUUGUCCUGUGGGCCAUCUGGGGCUUCAUCCUCGGCGGUGCCUUGCAGCCCAUACUGUCUGUCUUCCCCCUCUUCGUCAUCAUGUACGGAGUCUUCAAUGCACUCGGCGAGAUGGGACCGGGGGUUUCCACCUUUCUCUUGGCCGCCGCGGUGGGGAAGGCGGGCGGCUCGAUUGGCACUGAGGUGUUUACCUCAAUCCAAAACUCUUUCGCCUCCACGUAUCGGGGCCAACAGGCGGUUUUCCUGGUCGGAUAG